CAAGCCUCCGCCGUUACUUCGUGUUGCUUUUGGCUGAAUUUCUUCGCACCUCGAGAGGCAUAGCAUAGCAGAGCCCUCUUCUCUUUCGAUCCUCAUCCACAAUUGCCCCUCGCGCUGAGAUGUCAUCAAGAUCCUUCUUCGCGCCAGAAGGCCAACAGCAAGCUGCUUCGACGACUACGGAGCACGGAAGGCAGUCCCCACCGCCCUCGUCUGGCAAGGACGAUGACAGGCAGCCUUUCCUGCCUAAUGGCAACGCGACUGGCAGGCGAGGCAGCGUAGGCGCCAGCAGCGGCGGCGGCAGUGGUGGGCAGAUGCACUUGGGAGGAGCAAGUGACUCCUUGUCGGGCGUCAAGGCCCUGCCCCCCAUCCUGAGCUACUGCUCAGCUAGUAUCAUGAUGACCGUCGUGAACAAGUUCGUCCUCAGCGGCGCUCACUUCAGCAUGAACCUCAUCGUCCUCCUCAUCCAGUCCAUCGUAGGAGUCCUCUGCGUUAUCGCAGCCAACAAAUUCGGCCUCAUCGAGCUGCGUCCCCUCAACUACCGUGACGCCCGAAACUGGGCGCCCAUCUCCACCCUACUGGUCCUCACCAUCUGGACGGGCAGCAAAGCGCUCCAGUACCUGAAUAUCCCCGUCUACACCAUUUUCAAGAACCUCACGAUCAUCUUGAUCGCGUACGGCGAGGUCAUCUGGUUUGGCGGCAGGGUGACCCUCUUCACCUUCUUCAGCUUUAUGCUCAUGGUCCUCUCGUCGAUCAUUGCAGCUUGGAACGACAUCUCCCGCGCUUUGGCCAUCGCCCAGCUCUCUAUCCCGCACACGCCGGACAACAUCUCAGACGGCAAGACCUUUGACCCCAACACGCACAACCCAAUUGCAGCCUUUGACCCCUUGGAGAACGAGAAGGCCAAGCUCAACGCAAUGCAAGCCGCUGGAGCCAACACAGACGGGGACGUGCUGGACGGUAUGCAUGGGUGGGGGCUGCUCAACUCUGGCUACAUGUGGAUGGCUCUCAACUGUCUCGUGUCUGCAGCGUACGUCCUUGCGAUGCGCAAGCGUAUCAAGUUGACAGGCUUCAAGGACUGGGAUACGAUGUAUUUCAACAACCUCCUGUCUAUCCCCGUCCUCCUGAUCAUGUCACUCCUCGUCGAGGAUUGGUCGUCAGCAAGCUGGCAGACCAAUUUCCCCGCCGACCGCAGGUCGGGUCUCCUGACAGCUAUCGUUUUCAGUGGAGCUUGCGCCGUCUUCAUUGGAUACACGACGGCGUGGUGUGUCCGCACGACCAGCAGCACAACGUACAGUAUGGUCGGAGCCUUGAACAAGCUUCCCCUCGCCGUGAGUGGCAUGGUCUUCUUCCACGACCCGCCCGUCUCCGUCGGGUCAGUCUCCGCCAUCUUCGUCGGCUUCCUCGCUGGAGUCGUCUACGCUAUGGCAAAGAAUGCUCAAGCGGCGGCAACGAAGAGGGCUGCGGCGGCUGCGGCUGCGAGUGGGAGCACGUUGGGCGAGUCGGCCGGCGCGCUUGGUGGGGAGGGAGGUAGCGGCAAGAGCAAGGAUGGGUUGGGGGAGAUCCCGAUGCACAGGAUGGAUGACAGGAGGAGAGAUUGAGGUCACCGUGUAUGAGAGGCUACUCGAUAUGGAGUGGCUAUGCUCGAUUUUGCAAGUUUAAAGCUGCGAGGAAGAAGCUUCUCGAUGGGUAUCUGAUAGCCGCACAUUGUAUCAUGCUACAAGAAGAAUGAUUGAUUCGCAUCGAAGCACCAUAAGCAUGGCAGAUGAUAGC